AUGAAGCUCACUGGUGCUCUCGCGUUGCUUGGGGCUGCCCUGCUUCUGACCUCUGGGGGAAAUUGUGGCAUUUGCCCAGCUAUAAAUGAGGACCUUGCUCUUUUCCUUGGCCCAUCUGUGUCUGACUAUGUGGAUUUCGUGAGUCAGUACAGGAAUGAAUCUGCCACAUUGGAAACUGCUGAAUUUCUGAAGAUAUGUGUUGAUAGCAAGCUGACAGAGGAAGACAAGGCGAAUGCAAAGAGUUUGGUGAGACUCGAGGAGACUCGAGAAUACGCCCGCCUAGAUGACACAGCACGGGCCAGCGGAACUUCGCUGGGAGCGGCUUCGCUCAGCCCCGAGUCUGCAGGUGGCAGCCGCCCUGACUAA